AUGGAGGACGACAUCGACGGCGAUGCGCUACAGGCCCAGAUCGACCUCUCGCUCUCGUUCGCGCAGAGCCUCGCUGCGUCAUGGGUCACGCCUUCCGCCAAGAACCAAAAGCAGAAAACAGGGGCUCUUGAGGCGGAGCUCAAGGAGCAUAUGCGUCGACCACCACGACUGGGUGUAGGCGCGGAUGUCCCCGCUGUUAGCACCGCCGCGCGCGACGCCCAGAAGCUCAAAUCAAAACUGAGCGGCAAACGGGCCAGGGGUGAGGACCCUGACACUGGCAAUAGUAACGACAACCCCGAUGAGGACGACGUAAGAGGUGCCUCGGCCAAGAAGAAAGCGCGUACAGACCCGUUCGGCGACAACAACAAAAAGCAGAAGAAGAAGGCCCUGAAGCGGGCCAGGGAUGAUGAUGACGGGGCCAGCAAAAACAGCAGCAAGCGGCCGCGUGUAGAGCCCGGGCCCGACCAGCCCGGGACCGCCAGCAGAACAGUGAACGAAACUGGCAGCAAAAACCCGUUCUCGAUGUCGACCACAACGACCACAACCGCCAACGACGAGGUCUCACCUGGCCAGCGUACACCGCCUGUUGAACCCGCAGAGUCCGCUGAGACGGCACGCAAAAAGAAGAAGAAACGGCGGAAACACCAAGCCAACGCCGGGCCUGAAGGUAUGCAACUUGGCCUGCAUGAACAUGCAGCGGAGCCACCACAUACUGUCGUUUCAAACCCACCACCAACUGCUGGACCAACAGCGCCGAUUGUCCCACUGCUAUUCCUUGACAAGCCUGCGGAAGAGCAACCCGAGGAAGUACAAAAAGAAGCGCAAGCGCAAAAAGAAGAAAAAGAAGAAGGGCAUGCAGACGGUGCAUCCCUAGCCAGGGCAGACACAAAAGUAUAUUCCCAUUGGAUAAUAACUACUUCUUCAAAAGGCUGCCGACUGCUUCACGAUCCGAAAUUGUUAUUGUUUCUCAAAAUUGUUGCUGUCUCUCCUGACAGAAAACUGAACGAGGGUUGGUCAACGACGUGCCAUUAG